UUUUUAAUGAACCCCUUCCCAAGAAUAUUAAAUCAAGCCGUCAAUCAGAGAGGGUCCACAGUCGAUCACAGCCGUCCAUUUGUCAGGGCUCAUCUUCUACUUUCUACCAUUCUACUCCGCUUUCUCCGCUCCGCGAAUCGAAGAAGGUCCUGGUCUGCGUGGCGGCUUUGGGGGCGGUCCUUUACGGCGGCGGUGGCCGUGCCUGUGGCGGCGGAGCAGUAUGAUCUCCUUUUCUUUUUAUCCAUUUCAACUCUGAUGUUGCUGAUGGCACUGAUUGGCUAAGGUGCAUGAUCAAAAAAAGAUGCUGUUAGGGUUUGUGAUUGCGGAGAUCUCAUUGAAGUGUAUUUUCUGGAGGUUGUUGAUGUCAUAUAGAUAUGCUAGUGGACUUAAGUUGCAGGAGGUUUUAUUUCGUCCAAAACGCUCGGAUUUAUGAGUAAGAGAUACGAACCUUUUUGGAAUUUAAUCAUAUUUCGUGUUAUUUAAGGAACCUAAGGACCUGCAACUGCCUUAUCUGGCAAGUUCCCAUGUGUUGUUUCUGAUGAUUGUGUUCAGAAUAAGCAAUAAGAAAAGCUUCAAGUUGGGAGUUUGAUCAAUGCAGUACAUGUGUUUGUGAGAGUUGAGGUCUGUACAUAUUAAUGUAUUGUUCUUUGAAUGCUGUGGAUAGCUACAGUGUCAGCGGUGAUAUGUCUGUGGAGAUUAGUUUAACUUCAAUUGCAAUAAACAAAAAAUAGUGCAUGGUUUUGAGGAAUCCAAGGAAUUUAUGUCAAUGCCUUGCAACUUGUAUUGGGAUGGCAGAAGAAAAGCUGCAUGAGUUUGAUCAUCACAGUGCAUAGUUGCAACAGUAAAAGCCUGGACAGAAUACAAUAUCUCCUUCCUUGGCCUCUGUUCUUCUGAUUCUUGAAUACUCUGGUAGCUACAGUGUUGGUGGUGAUCUGUUUCUUUAGAUUAGUUUAGCCCCAUUUGUGGUAAAAAAGGUUGAGAUCUAUCUCUAGGAGAAAGGUGUAGUUGCUAAUUUCUGUAAAUUGACUUUGGGCAUGGCGCUCAAGGAGUUUGAUGCUGCUAUACCUCAUCUCUUCCCAUCAUUGGGACCUGCACUUAUGAUAUCAAUGGGAUAUAUUGACCUUGGUAAAUGGGUGGCAGCUGUUGAAGGUGGAGCUCAUUUUGGGUUUAAUCUUGUAUUACUGGCCCUUUUUUUCAACUGUGCAGCCAUUUUAUGUCAAUACCUUGCAACUUGUAUUGGGAUGGCCACUGGCAAGAAUCUUGCAGAGAUAUGCAGUGAAGAAUAUUCGAAAUCAACAUGCAUACUAUUGGGUGUUCAAGCGGAGAUAUCCAUAAUAACUUCAGAACUGACGACUGUAUUGGGUAUUGCGCAUGGACUUAAUCUCUUGUUUGAGAUGGAAAUGCUACCAUGCAUCUUUCUUGCCGCAUUUUGUACAGUUCCCCUACAGCUUCUUGUCACCUUCUGGGAUAACUUCAAGGCAGAAGUGUUGUAUCUAAGCAUUGCAGGGAUUGCUUUGGUUUUUUAUGUGAGUGGGGUGCUGUUUAGUCAACCAGAACUUCCACUUGCUGUGGACAGUGUUUUUCCAAGGCUGAAUGGUGAGAGUGCAUACUCACUCAUGGCUCUGCUUGGAGCAAAUAUAAUGGCCCAUAAUUUUUAUAUUCACUCGUCUGUUGUACAGGAACAAAGGAGACAACCAAAUAAUGCUAUGAACACCUUGUUCCAUGAUCAUUUUUUUGCUAUCUUGUCCAUUUUUAGUGGCAUUUUCCUUGUGAACUAUGUACUGAUGAACUCUGCAGCUGCAGUAUUCAGCAAUACAGAUGUUGUGCUUAACUUUCAAGAUGUGAAUUUGCUUAUGGAUCAGAUAUUUAGGAGCCCAAUAGCACCUGUUGCAUUUUUUCUGGUUCUUUUCUUCUCCAGUCAGAUCACAGCUUUGAAUUGGAAUAUUGGUGGGAAAGUGAUAUUGACAUAUUUUUUCGAAAUAAAACUGUCUGUUUGGGUUCAUCAUGUAUUAGUUAAAGCUCUGGCCGUCAUCCCAGCUCUUUACUAUACCUGGAUUGGAGGUCCUGAAGGAAUCUAUCAACUGCUCAUUUUCUGUCAGAUAAUAUUGGCAAUGUUUCUACCGUCCUCUGUAAUUCCCCUUUUCCGUGUGGCAUCAUCAACGUUUUUAAUGAGAGGCUUUAAAAUUCCUUGGUAUGUGGAAAUAUUCUCUCUUUCUGUAUUUCUAGGGGUGCUGGCUGCAAAUGCCAUCUUUAUCAUGGAUGUCUUAUUUGGAAACAACAGUUGGCUUAGUAACUUACACAGCACACUGGUACCACAUAUGGUUAUUUUUCUUAUUUCCUGUACAUCUUUUGGUCUCACCCUUUAUCUGGCGGUUACACCAUUAAAAUCUGCAAGUGAACAAGCAGAUACUCAAUCAUUUGGUUGGAAUAGAGAGUUGAAUAAUUUGGAGUUAGCUACUGUUAGAGAGUUUGAUGUUGUGGACAAGAUUGAAUAUGACGUAGAUCACGAUUCAUCUAUGCUGGAAUCUGACACCUUGGAGAAGCCUAUGGAGAGCCAUACUGAUGAAUCAACUUUAUGUACCAACAUCGAUCUAGCUGAGACAGUUAUGGAUUCAGACCAUGAUUCUCAGCAAUCUGUUCACAAUUCUGACCUUACAUCAGUUUGCUCUUCCCCCAUUUGUCAUAUGGAGACGUCAAAAAUUCUAGUUGACGCAGAAUCAGAAGAAAUUUUGAGUGGAGUUUCUGUUUGCAGCGAUUCAGAUUCAGUUGCAUUGCAAAAGAUUGAACCCAAGCACCCAAUUGUAAAGGAUGUGGAAGUAGCUAUGGAUAGUAACACUGAUAAUAACAAUAAUAAUAAUCAUAAUAAUGUCAAUAUAGAGGAGUCUGCCUCACUGUCUGAGGAUUCCAAUAGAGGUAUAUUACCCACUGUGAACUUUGAGACUAUUGGGUUCUCUAAUUCACCAACAGAAAAAUUUUCUGACAGAAGUAAUGGCAGUGGAAGCCUAUCAACGUUGUCUGGAUUGGGCCGUGCGGCAAGACGCCAGCUAAGUGCCAUUUUAGAUGAGUUUUGGGGGCAUCUGUUUGACUUCCAUGGGAAACUGACACAAGAAGCGAGCACCAGAAGAUUUGGUGUCCUAUUGGGGCUAGAUUUAAAAAUAGUUGGUUCAUCAUUAAAAGCAGACACAGCAGGAGAUGAAUUUGGCAAGGGUUACCUCCCAGAUUUGGAUAGGGGAUCCAUUUUACAGAACAGCUUAAGGGACUACAGUUCCCCAAGACACAAGAUAAAUGCAGGCAUAGAGUCCCCUUUUGGAGCCCAUAUGGGAUCCCAACCAUAUUCUCAUAAUGUGCAAGUAUUGGAUGCACAUGCAGAGAACUCUUUCACUAACCUGUUUGAGUCAAAUCAGAGACAUGCUAUGUACUCGUCUUAUUCUUCAGAUAACCGAGAUUUUCUGCCAGCUACCAUACAUGGGUAUCAAAUGUCUUCCUAUCUUCGAGGAGUUGGUGCUGAUAGAACUCCUUACUUCUCCAACGAUUCAGUGGGCCUACCACCAACUUCUUCUGCCACAUCUUUCAUUGCGAACCACCGUGACCCAGUCAUGUAUAACAGAGCACAAAGUGCACUAAAUUCCUUGGGAACAUCAGGUUUCCUAGACAACCCAGCAACAGCUAGAAUUAGCAGAUUGCAGGUGGAAAGGCCUUGCUAUAAACCUUCUUUUGUUGAAACCAGGGAGAAUGUUGUCUCUUCAUCAUAUGAAAAGAAAUACCAUAGCUCGCCUGAUAUUUCUGCACUCAUUGCAUCCAUCAGGAAUUCAUCUUUGAAUUAUGGAAAUGUUCAACAUGCUCAGUGGGGUGGUCCAACCAGUACUCAAUCCUCUGUAGGAAGGAUGGCGUAUGAGCAAUCACAAUAUCUAAAUUGUUUCUCACGAGCUGGAGUUUCAUUGGCAUUUAAUGAACUCUCACCACCUAAGCUGCAUACAGAUGCUUUCUCCUCAUACUCAAGUUUGAAUCCAGACAGCAAAUCUUUGUGGUCAAGACAACCAUUUGAACAAUUAUUUGGCAUGCAUAGUAAUGAUCAGGCUGUGAGGGAUACAGGAGUUGACAGCAGGGUUAGUGUUGCACCCAGCGAGAGUUCUCACACAGAAUCAGAAACCAAGAUUCUACAAUAUCUGAUAUCUUGCAUUAGGAAGCUCCUUAAAUUGGAAGGAUCAGAUUGGUUGUUUAGACAAAAUGGUGGUGUUGAUGAAGAGCUAAUCGAUAAAGUGGCUGCAGCAGAGAAAUUUCUGCAUGAAGCAGAGUCUGGGGAGAUGACUCAGGUAAAUAGACUUGAUCAGCAUGUGCUGGAAAGGAAAAAUGGCGCAAUCCAGAGGAAUGAGGGGGGAGAGCUUGCUCGUCUUCUAUCCAUAACUAAUUGUGGAGAUGGUUGCAUUUGGCAGCCAGCCGUGGUUGUGAGUUUUGGUGUCUGGUGCAUUCGUAGGAUACUGGAAUUGUCAGUUGUGGAGAGUCGGCCAGAACUAUGGGGCAAAUAUACUUAUGUUCUCAAUCGCCUUCAGGGAAUCCUGGAGCCUGCGUUUUCCAAGCCCCGCCAUCCCCUUGUUGCCUGCUCCUGCCUAAAAAUACAAGCAACCAACACAAAUAAUUCCAAUGCUUCCAUGCAGAAUGGGGUUGUAAGUGCCUUAGAAAAAGCAAGCAAAGUAUCCAUCACCACUGCACCUAUGAUCCUUGAGAUGAUCAGGGAUGUUGAAACUGCAGUUUCUGGGCGCAAGGGUCGGACAGGCACAGCAGCUGGUGAUGUUGCCUUUCCCAAGGGCAAAGAGAACCUGGUGUCUGUGCUGAAACGUUACAAGCGGCGCCUUUCAAACAAGCCUCCGGUGACUAAUGAAUCUGGCUCUCUGUCUCGACGGAUCUCGUCACCUGUGUCCGCGUCUCCAGUUUUAUAGCUGCCAUAUAUCUCUGUUAAUAGCUCAUGGGUCAUGGAUUUUUUUCCCUUGAAGAACUUUUUUCAGGUUCAAGGUUUAUUGAUCUUUGACCCAUUCUCUCUCGUGCCUUGUUUUCUUGUAUGUUGUAUUAUUACUAUUAUUAUUAUUAUAGUAACAGCAGUGCAAAAUGUGAAAGAAGAAAUAACAAGCAAGAACAGCAAUGUGUUCAUGUGUCAUUCCUUUCAGGUGUAUUUGUAUUUGUAUUUUUUUUUUAUAUAUAUUUUUAUUUGGGGUUUAA